AUGAUCAAUCCCAUCAUCUACGAGACGACCUCGUCUGCUGCUGCUGCUGCUCAGUACUCUGCCCUACCGUCAGAGCAUGGCAAAUACGAACAUCCCUUCCGCUUGGCGCUGCCUCCAUUACCGCCAGGCUAUGCCGAACUCCCUCCCGCUUUGUUGGCUGCCAGCAUCAGUCGAGGCUCUUUGGAUAGGCUUAUGGUGAAGAACAUAGGGCAGUUCCCCUUUGAUGACUUCCUUGCGUUGACUGAUGAAGAGGUCCGGGCUUAUGCUGAGGACCACGUCACAUCCCUCUACUUACAGGAUGCACUUCGUGCUGAUUUCCGCAAUGCCUCGCAGGUCUCUCGAGUCGUCGAUCGACUCGUGCCGUUAUUUCUACCACUCUCCUUCCACUCUAUUGGCAACUACGUCUCCCAGGCUGUCCUCGAGGUCAGCGACAUGGCUACAUUUGAGCAGCUACUGAAUACCCAAAUCCUCAAAGGCCGUGCCUUGUUCGAUCUAUGCAUACAUCCGCAUGGUACACGUGUUAUCCAAAGGCUCAUUAGUGAGGCCAACGUGCGCUACGGUGGAUCGAAUCAGCUACCUUUGCUGGGUGCCAUCCGAGUAUGCAGUAGGGAGCUAGCUAUCGAUGCUAAUGGAUGCUAUGUGCUCCUCAAGAUUCUCGAUGUGAUGGCCCAAAGUGGCUGGCUACUAGAAUGCCUCCUGGAUUGGUUCAUCGAAAUAAGCUGCUCACAAUGGGGUGUCAUUACUGCUAAGAAGGUUAUCGAGAGGUGUCCCGCUGUAGAUCGGGUUGAAAUGAUGCCGGAUAUGCAACAACAUUAUCCCAACGGACCGGGGUGGACAGAGCAUCCAGUUGUUGUUGGUCGUUACACUUCGAGGUUGCUGGACGUAGGGCUGUGA